GCCAUCGCUAGCUGAAAGUGUGACCGUGCGCGUGUGGAGAACACAAACUAAUGGUGGAGCACUAAGAAUAAUAAAGUAAAAUCACGGAAUAAAAUGAUCUGUCGCCUGUGUCUGAACGCGCUGGACGAGCAGAGCGCCGUGCUGCUGUUCGGCGGCGCCGGCGGACCCAGUGCGUCCGCUCCGGAGGACGAGGAGGACGGCAAGGCGAUGCCGGAGAGCUACCUGGUCCAAUUGAUCUCGAUUCACUUGUACCUCUGCCUCUCCCGCGACGAUGCCAUCUCCACCUGCAUCUGCACCGAGUGCUGCUCGCAACUGGAGAGCUUCCACAACUUCUGGAAGCUAGUGGAGCUCAAACAGACGACGCUGUGCAGCCAGUUCCUGGCCAUCGAUUGCGAUGUCAACUGGUCGGAGGAGGGGUCGGAAAUGCAGCCGGAUGCGCAACCCCAGUUGCUCAUGGAGCCGGCGGAGGAGCCCAAGGCUGUCACGCCCACAACGGCCAAUAAGUUUCCCUGCAUGUUUUGUGAGAAAUCCUUCAAGAUGCGCCGCUACCUGGAGGAGCACAUAGCCACGCACACCGGCGACCGUCCGAUUGCCUGUCCCUACUGCGAGAUGGCCUUCCGCUGCCGUUCGAACAUGUACACCCAUGUGAAGAGCAAGCACACGACGCAGUGGCUGAAGGCACGCGAGGAACGGGAUGCGGCCAAGUCGGGUCAGAAUCACACGACGCCAGAGGAACCUGCUCCAGCUGCUGCUGCCGCUCUCCCUGGAAUCCCUGCACAAACGGCUUCCACUGAAAGUUCGUCUAUUUCCGGACAAGCUGCUCCUAUCGACCAACAACAGCUGCCGCUGUCCGUGAUCAAGAGCCAACCCGGCGAGGCCAUCAACCUGACCAUCACCAAGACACCACCGCCAUCAGCCGCCGGCCGGGGCUCACGCAAUCGCGCCAGUCGCCGCAAGACGCACUCGCCCAAAAAGGUGCAGCACACGGAGGGCAGCGAUGCCAGCGACGAGGAUUCGCCCCAGAAGAGGCUCAAGGAGAACGAGCUGAUACUGGCCAACUACAAUGCCGUGGCGGCGGCCGUCGUGGCCGCCGCUUCGCUCACGGACAAUCCGACUGGCCAGCCGGAUAGUUUGCAGCAGCGCCUGUGCGUGAGUCUGCUGCAGCAGCAGCAGGAGCAACUAUUUGCUGUGAUGUCCGCGACGGCGGCUGCAGCCGCUUCGGUGGGCACAGCGAGCAGUGCCACCACCACGACAACGGCAACAGGGUCAAUGAUGGCUCAUCAGGCCUUCAGCAACCCGUCUGCAGAGUCACAGGCCGUCACUCAUGCCGCAUGCCCCGUUUCGGUCAUCAUUUGUCCCAAUUGCGGCGAGCUUCCUGGACAGAAUCAUCGCUGCCUGAGCAAGCCCAAGUACGCCUGCGAUGUGUGCGGCAAGUGCUUCAAGAUGAAGCGCUAUUUGGAGGAGCACUUUGCCACCCACACGGGCGUCAAGCUGCACACCUGCGCCUUCUGUCCCACGGAGUUCCGGUCCAAGUCGAACAUGUACCACCACACCAAGCGCAAGCACAAAGCGGAGUGGGAGAGGUCGCGGGCCACGCGCUCAGCGGCCAAGGCGGGCGUCCAGGAGCAGGUGCAGCAGGCCAGUCCGCCGCCGGCACAGCCAGGACCGCCGGCCGCCGUCUAAAGCUGGCCGGGAUUGGUAGUCGUAGCCUAAGACUUUUUACAAUUAAAUUUAUAUUUUUAUUAGCCAUACCGAAUACCGAUACCGAUACCGAAUACCGAUGUACUUAUCCCAAGUUUCGCGUGUACUCCAACAAAGUCACCAAUUGUGUAUACUCUUCUCGUUCUCUAUAAUGCCUUAACCAGUUGGAUUGGAUCUGGUUAUAAAGUAAACAUUCGUUUCAACAAAA